AUGCGACUUCGCGGUGUGUUUCGUGCAGCCAAGCUGCCCAACGGACAACGCGCCAUUGGCACAAAAUGGGUGUUCAAGAUCAAGCGUAAAGCGGAUGGAUCUAUCGAGAAGUACAAGGCACGACUUGUGGCCAAGGGUUUCCGUCAAAGGUAUGGCAUCGACUACACGGAGACGUUUUCGCCUGUGGUCAAGUAUGUGACGCUGAGAAUGGUGAUCGCAAUUUCCAAGCAUUUUGGAUGGCCCAUCGACCAGCUUGAUGUGGUGACAGCUUUCCUGUAUGGCGUCAUGAAGGAACAAGUGUUCUGCGUGAUUUCUGAAGGCGUCCAACUUGACAGCCUCAAGCAAGCUUCGCGAGUGUGGAACGAGACGUUCGACGAGUAUGUGUGCUCCAUCGGAUUUCAAGUAUCGGACUUCGACCCAUGUCUCUACAUCAAGACAUCGGACGGCCAUUGCGUGUUUAUACUGGUCUACGUGGACGACGUCUUGGUGACUGGAAGCUCGCUCGAGCUGAUUGCACAAACCAAGAACGACCUGAAGACGCGGUUCGAGAUGACGGACAGCGGCAAGUGUGCGUUUGUUCUUGGGAUCGAGCUUUUGGACGGUGAAGAUGGCAGUGUGACACUAUGUCAGCGUCGGUAUGUCGAUGAUAUCCUCAAGCGCUUUGGCAUGGAUGAUUGCAAGGCAGUCGCAAGUCCAGUCGACAUGAGCUCUCGACUUGUUUCAAGUGAUGCAACUACCAAGGUCGAUGCUCCUUUUCGCGAAGCUGUUGGUGCGUUGAUGCACCUGACCACUGCAACGCGUCCGGACAUUGCGUUUGCUGUGGGCUAUGUGUCGCGGUUCAUGGAAAAUCCCCAAGAAGAACACUGGGUUGCAGUUAAGCGUAUCUUUCGCUACCUAAAAGGCACCAAGACGCAUGGAAUUUGCUACAAGCCAAGUGCAAGGAUCGACUUCCGUGGAUAUUCGGAUGCGGAUUGGGCUGGUGAUCUUACCGACCGCAAGUCAACAUCGGGGUACACGUUCAUGCUACUCGGUGCGCCAGUGAGUUGGGGCAGCAAGAAGCAGCCAAGUGUUUCGUUGUCCACGACUGAAGCUGAAUACAUCGCACUCAGCUUGGCGAUUCAAGAGGGCAAGUGGAUUCAUCGUCUGCUUUGUGAGAUCGUGAUGGCUGCCAAUGAAGAAGGACCGGAACUCAUGAUUCAUGAAGACAAUCAGUCAUGUAUUAAGAUGACGAAGAACCCGGUCAACCACGGCCGUGCCAAGCACAUUGAUAUCAAGUACCAUCACAUCCGUGAUGAGGUCAAGCGCGGUGAAGUGAAGCUCAAGUAUUGUGAAACUGCGGUGAUGUUAGCGGACAUCAUGACGAAGGGACUUCAUGGACCACGCCACAAGGAGAUGACGACAGCUCUCGGGAUUCGUGAGCAUUCGGAUUGA